UUUUUGUGAAAUUAUUUCUUUCAAUUUUACUAUUUGAAUUCCAAAAUUUCUAGGUUUUCCAUCAUCUCAGCGAUACUAUUCCUUGACCCAAAACCCACGCUCAUUUAAGCCCACGAUCAUUAGAGGAGGAAAAAAAUACAAAAUGCCUCUCGCAAUCAAAUCCCUCGCCACCAAGUUCGGCAAAGGCGCCGCUACCAAGCAGAUCUACAUCUACGAAACCUGGGCACGCUGGGCAGCCCGCGGGGUGCAGUUCAUCCUCGCCAUCAUCAUUGUCGGACUAUACGGACACCGCGUAGAUGUGGACCGCAAAGCCGGUAAUGCGCAGGCCGCCGGGUGGGUAUACGCACUCUUCGUCGCUGGCGUGUCCUGCGUGACAUGCCUCGUGUACGCGAUCCCGAACCCGUUCAACCGCAUGCAGCCCCAUCGCCUGUUCGCCUGGGAUCUGAUCCUGUUCGUUCUAUGGAUCGCUCUAUUCGGCACCUUCGCUAUGAUCUUCCUUAAGCGCGACGGUGGCGAUUACGAAGGUACGAGCGUUGCGCUGAUGAAGUGUGCUGUUUGGGUCGAUCUUGUCAAUGCACUACUGUGGUUGGGCACCGGUCUGUAUGGCUGCUUCCGCACUUUUGUCGGUCGCAAGGUCAACAACAAGAUUGACCACUACCAGAACAAGGUCGAGGAUGGGUUUAACGCCAAGGUGGAUCAGUACGCCGGUCCGGCUGUCAGCAACUUCAGCAUGAAGCUCAACCCCCUACGAGGCAAGGAGACGGUGUAAGAUAAGACUAGGGGUAGAGGUUCGCGGUUAAGCGAUAUGAUUGUCGUGGAGAUCGGUUUUUUAGGAGUCAUGGAUACGAGCAUUACACACACAGCAUUGCGGUCGGUUGCAUAUACAUAGACACUUGCCAGGAAGGCUUUCCGGUCAAGCGAUGCCUUCGAUAAG